CAAGGCCACACCCCCUAAUCCUUUCCAAUAGUGCCACUCCCGAUGAGCCUAUGGUGGCCAUUUUCAUUCAAGCCACUACAUUAAUAGGUAGUUUUCAAAAGGAGAAAUAAAAUGAUCAAUAAAUAUUUGAAAAUGUCAUCAACAACCUAUCAAGGAAGUCCAAAUUAAAAUUGCUGGUGAGGGUACCGAGCCCACUGAAAAGUCGCCAUGAGCAAGGCCCACCCUCCCAAGCUGAAGAAAUUUAUGGACAAGAAGUUAUCAUUGAAGUUAAAUGGUGGCUGUCAUGUACAAGGAAUACUACAGGGCUUUGAUCCCUUUAUGAAGCUUGUGAUUGAUGAGUGUGUAGAAAUGGCAACUAGUGGGCAACAGAAUAACGUUGGCAUGGUGGUCAUAUGAG